UCAUGCAGACACUUGGCGAGCGAAGCACACGCGUUCCGAUAGUUCCGUGACACAGCGAUUCAACCGACCAUUUCAGGCAAUCUCGAGGCGGUCGUUAUUGGGUGUCGAAGAGCAAUAGUGCGGAAUUUGCUCCCCCCUCUCGCUUUGCUAUGGAUGUUUGGUGCUUGUAAAAGUGGAAUACUUCCGGUCGAAAAUUGAUAGGAAUUCGAUAGUUUCCGGCCGAGAUCCGAGUGCGGCUUGUGGAGGAAAUCAAAUUACUGUAAGCUCUCCCCACUCCAUCUAGUAGUGCCGCAGCGGAGACAUUUGCGAACGGCAGCGAUACUCUCAUGUCUCGGACUCCCUUUCUGGAAAGGAAUCGUGACGACGUAUUUUGCUCGGGGAUGAUGGUUUCGUUCUGUGCUCCGUGCCUGUCCCAAAACACGUGCGGGGAGUCCCCUCGUGGUGACAAGCAUACUGCUGCAGUGGUGAAAGCAUGAGCGAAUUGUGAAUCAUACAGUUUCCUGGAUGUUGUCAAACUGGUGAUAAUAAUAAAAAAGGAAAAGGUGAAAGAUGUGUACAAGUGCGGUUAUAUAAAUAAAACAGCGUAAAGGUUGUGUGUGCGUGGGAAUAUCCAAAAAAGUCAGGAAAAGUGCAUCAAAACAACUAGCAAAUCAAUUCAUCGCUCUGCUGAAGCAAAAAUAAACCAGCAAUAACCGAUUAUAUUCGAAACUAGUGACACCGAACGAAGAUGCUCAGUACGAGGGAAGAUGACGCCAAAUGACGGUGGUGAAGGAAAUCUUUAUGCUCAACGACACCGAAAUGGAUGAGUCGACGGAUUUAGGGUUUCUGUCCUAAGCGCAUCAUCCUGAUCCUGAAGUGCAUUGUAAUCGUCGACAGAUGAGAGAUCUUAAAGUGGUGCCACAAUGUGUGCUAGUUAAGUGAAUUUUGUGUAAAAAGAAGAAGAGUUAAUAGUAGUGAAGCAAUAAGCCGUAUACAUAGCCUAGAGAGUGGUAGAUAAGCAAGUGCACCGAAAGUCAUCAUCGCGUAUGCCUUCGCCGAAAGAGGGCGCACACUGAAAGCGACGAAAAAAAAAUCUAUACAAUCACUCCGUUAUUCCAACUAAUACACAUCCUAGCAACAAAAUAGCGACAAAUAUAGUAUCAAGCUACACAUUAUAUUAGAGCUCCCCAUUUCUAGCGAAUCGAUCUUGUUAUUCCUAUUCCUAGUGAGUAUAUACCGUAGUGAAGAUUAGAAAAAAAAGUGUGUAAAAAUGCCUGUCAGAAGAGGACACGUCGCUCCCAAAACGACGCUUAUUGAAACGAUAAUCAGGAAAUUUGAUACCCAUAAUCGUAGCUUUCUAGUGGCCAAUGCACAGCCGGAAUCGUGUCACAUCAUCUUCUGCUCGGAUGGAUUUUGCAAGAUGACCGGUUUCACGCGGGCGGAGGUGAUGCAACGAUCGGCGUGCACCGAAUUCCUGCAGGGACAGAUGACCUCCCACACGGUCGUCCAGUCGAUCAAGGAAGCGCUCAGGAAGGGCGAGGAGAAGCACUUCGAGAUACUGUACUACCGGAAGGAUGGUACGAAGUUCCUGUGCUCCGAGGUGAUAGCACCGAUCCGGUCCGAAGUGGACGAUAUCUCGCUGUUCAUCAUCAACUUCGAGGACCUCUCGAACCCAAUCUCGCCGGAGCCGAUCGAGCCGGUGAAGUUAAGUAAAUUCCCAUUCCUUUCAGUCGAUCGUGCGCGGGCAAGCUUUCGACAAUCGUUCCGAAUAGGACACAUCGCGCUGCGCGACCGAGGUCUCCGGCUUGCCGGAUACCUGACGCCCCCUUCGGAUGCCACCCAGGAGGAGGAGGAAGUGGGGAUCGGCAAAAGUGCGAUUGAGAGGGGUUUUUGUAGCGAUAGGGUUAGCCAGACAACGGUGCUCAAAGUGGAAACGAACAUCUGGACGCCAAUGUCGACGCCGGCGUUGACGCGGACGAAGGAACUGGAGGGGUUGCAUCCAGAUGGCGAUACGCUUAGUGGACCAGGAGAAAUUGUGAUAACUCAGCCGGAGACACCCAGAGUGGAAGUGUCGUCCAAAGAGCUUCCAACGCCGAUUGUCGACGUAAAACCAGAGUUUCAGCAAACCAAAAGUUUAGACUUUGACAUACAAUCAAAACAUCCCGAAAACACUAAACUUAUCCAGUCUUAUGAAAGUACGCACGCGAAAAAUUGUCGAGGGUUAAUAGAAAAGCGUGCCCAUACGAUAGACGAUUUUAUGCGAGGACCCACGGGCCACCACGCGCGACAGUAUUUCCCGUACGUUUCGUCCGAGAGCGAUCUACAACGCUACAAAGCAGUGCCACUAAAGCAGAAAUCAAGCCACGAGCCGCGAACCAGUUCAUCACUUUCUAAUGUGCCUUCAGACUCUACUAAAACUAAGGAUAAUGGAUCAGCGAAAUAUUUUCAGGGAACAAGACAAACAAUAAAUAUGGGUGAGAAAGUAGCACAGGUCCUUUCGCUUGGCGCCGAUGUACUACCGGAAUACAAGCUACAGAGUCCACGAGUUCACAAAUGGACAAUACUACACUACUCUCCGUUCAAGGCGGUGUGGGACUGGAUAAUAUUAAUAUUAGUUAUGUAUACAGCAAUAUUUACCCCAUACGUAGCAGCAUUUUUGCUGGGAGAACCUGACUUUAAUCAAAGGAAGAAUCGCAAAUAUGCUGAUGACCCAAUUGUGAUAAUUGAUUUAAUAGUUGACGUAACAUUUGUCAUAGAUAUAAUAAUUAAUUUUCGAACGACGUUCGUCAACGGCCAGGAUGAGGUGGUAUCGCAUCCGGGCCGCAUCGCGGUGCAUUAUCUGAGCGGCUGGUUCCUGAUCGACCUGGUGGCGGCAAUCCCGUUCGACCUGCUGCUAGUCGGGAGUGAUACGGACGAGCUUGGCUUGGACAAAGACGAGACAACGACUCUAAUUGGUUUAUUGAAAACGGCACGUCUAUUGCGUCUAGUGCGAGUGGCAAGAAAGAUCGAUCGCUAUUCGGAAUAUGGCGCUGCUGUUUUAGUAUUACUGAUGGCUACCUUUGCACUAAUCGCUCACUGGCUGGCUUGUAUUUGGUACGCGAUAGGAAACGCCGAACGGCCCCAGAUGAAGAACAAAAUUGGCUGGUUGGAUGCGCUGGCCGAUGCUACCCAGGAGUACUACUACGCAAACAACACCGGUGGAGGACCCUCGAUAAAGUCACGAUACGUGACCGCACUGUACUUCACCUUUACCUCGCUGACAUCGGUGGGCUUUGGCAAUGUUGCCCCGAACACGGAUGCCGAGAAAAUUUUCACGAUAUGCGUGAUGUUGGUCGGAUCCCUCAUGUACGCCAGCAUCUUCGGUAACGUAUCGGCCAUCAUUCAACGGUUAUAUUCCGGCACGGCACGAUAUCACACGCAAAUGUUGCGUGUCCGUGAGUUUAUUCGGUUUCAUCAGAUACCCAAUCCGUUGCGACAACGACUGGAGGAGUACUUUCAGCACGCUUGGACCUACACCAAUGGGAUCGAUAUGAACUCGGUGCUGAAAGGGUUUCCCGAGUGCUUGCAGGCCGAUAUCUGCUUGCAUCUGAACCGAAACCUGCUCAACAAUUGCUCCGCCUUCGAAGCAGCCAGCCCUGGCUGCUUACGAGCUCUUUCGUUAAAGUUUAAAACUACUCACGCUCCGCCCGGUGACACGUUGGUGCACAAAGGAGACGUCCUCACGUACCUUUACUUUAUAGCGCGUGGUUCUAUAGAGAUUUUAAAGGAUGACGUCGUCAUGGCGAUACUAGGGAAAGAUGAUAUUUUCGGCGAAAAUCCCUGCACACACACGACGCUGGGAAAAUCGAACAGUAAUGUUAAAGCAUUAACUUAUUGUGAUCUACAUAAGAUUCAUAGAGAUGACUUAUUAGACGUGUUAGAUUUAUUUCCGGAAUUUUAUGAUAGUUUUGUAAAUAGUUUGGAAAUUACGUAUAAUAUGAGAGAUGAAGAGCAAGCGGGAAUAGAGUUAAGGCAUCGGCAUAUGCGACUCGGGUCACAGGAUAGAGACAGCGACACCCGGUCCUAUGUUAGGAGGAUAAGCACGGUACAUAAUCAGAGACCGAGUCAGACCAAAUGUGAUAUUCCAAAUGAUAGAAGUUCGGGACAAAUAAGCACUAACUUCGACGAAGAUCGAAAGUUUUCUAUAUCAGGAAUGAUGUCUCAAAUAAAGCGAAGCAUACCAGAUCUUAGAUCGAACAAACAUCAACCAUUAACCAGUACUUGUGCAUCUCCAAAUGAGAGCCCCAAGAGCUCGCACAAGCACAGUCCGCCCAGUGAUCACCUGUCGCCAAAGGGUGCUCCGGAUACUGUCACGCUCAGUGCCAUCAGCAAUCGCGCCUGCACGUGUGGCUCGAAGGAGCUUCCUAUCGGGCGUCCCGGUGCUCCCCCCGUUGAUCUCAACAUCCGGUGUAGCCCGGAAGAGGACGUGUUCCACCACACAGCUCCAAUCACCGGUGGUCGGGACAUGAGCGACCACCAACAGCACCCCGAUGUUCUAGGAUCAAUAACGAAUCAAUUAUCUGAUUUAACGAUAAGACUAGAUAACUUAGAAGGUAGCCUAAAGAAGGAUAUCAGAACGAUUUUAGACAUCCUCCAUCAGCAGCAACAGAUGCAACUGCAAUUUCAUCAACAGCAGCUCCAGCAUCAGCAGCACCAGAUGCAGAUGCAGCAGUCCGGCAAGACUGCGAUGUCGUCUUAUCAACCGUCCGAGAGUGAUUUCUCCUUCGAUAUGUGCGGCGGAACCGGAGACGCUGGCAGCAGUAUGGCCAAACACCAGCAAGCACAACAACGAACCAACGUGCAGCGGUCCGUCUCGCAGCCCGAGUGCGCAAACGAGAAAAGCCUUUUCAAGUGCUCAAAGUUUUCUUCAUUUAAUCAAGCCAUGGAUGACACCCCGGAAGGUCACAAUUGGAACAUGUUCGCACCUAUCGCCAAGCUCGAGUCGCUGGACGAAAUUGAUCAGGACAGUAAACAUUCCAUCAGCCAGGAGAAGCCUCAAUAACGAAUGCUUUAACCUUGAAGAAAACAGAAAACAGUUUAGCCGUUUAGCAACAGCAGCCGCAGUCUAGCAGAAGACGACAACUUUAGCUCCUCUAGCCGAAAAAUUCGUAUAAUGUUGAUGUACAUAUUGCUUGUAUUAAUUUCAAAUGUUCACCUUUGAUUAUAUUGAUCGAUAAAAGAAUUGUACAUUUUUUCAUAUAAAUACUGAACAUAAUUUAUACGAAAUAUCAGCAGAUUUUUACGAUGAGCAAAAAAAAAGGUAAAAAAGCAAACAUUGAAACAAAAAAAAAACAGACAAAAAAAAUUCUAAAACCAAAACACGCAUAGUCGAAACGCAGUGAUUGUAGAGUGAUUGAAGGGAAACGAAAAGCUCCAUUCUUAUUUCGGCGGUAUCCAAAGCGAGCGAAGUACGCAUAUGAACAAAUGUGUUAGGAAUUUAUCUUAAGUAAACCAAUUUAAAAAUAAUUUCAUCAUUUCGUAGACACAAUUUUUUCACUCUCCUCUUAGUGCAUAAUUUCGUAGGUGAAACCACUCGAAGAAAACGAGCUAAGAAUCUAAGCGUAAGAAAUGAUUUAGUCGGUUUUAACGAUUGUUCAGAAUUAUUUCACUUUUCAAGCGACUCAAAUUGGAGAAAAAAGUAAGCGAGUGAAGGGCAACAGGAAGGAGAAGAAAAAACAACAUUUCUCUCGAAACGGUCACAAUGGUAUAAAAAACAACAAAACAAUAAGAUAAACACACAUUCACGUAAGCAAAACAACAGAAACAACCGAACCAUGAAACGCUUCUUAGAAGUAAUGCUCACAAGAAAAAGUUAAAAACAAAUAAAACGCUAAUUAACACUCACUUCAGUAAAAUAAAAAAAAAACACACAUACACACGAAUCAGAACACCUUCGCUCACUUAACAAAACAUAACCACACAAACACACUCGUCCUCUCUUACACACACAAAACACACAUGGAAAGGGAUCGCAUUCGUUGUCGGUCAGGGGUCGAAUUUUCCUCGAGAGUAUGGUUCUUCUUGCAGUUUUCGGUUACUCCUUUUCGGACGUCGAGCAUUAUGUUCUAAUCGAAGGAGAAUGAAGCAAGCGUAGGGAAAUAAAACGAACACAAGAUAGCAGAAAGAACUGAAGGAAUUAAAACGUUUGUAGAAAAUGUACGGAAAAUAUACCUUACGAAAAGA